AUGGAAACGUUAUCGAAGGAACAAUUGGAGGCAUACCGUAGCGCGACGCGGUGUCAUAUUUGCGAUAAGCCGUUUGCGCCAGAAGAUACGCGGGUGCGCGAUCAUUGUCACCUGACCGGUCGUUACCGCGAUCCAGCACAUUCACUUUGUGUAUUUCCGUACGAGUACGUGGAUUGCGUGAACAAGCUGCAGGACAUGUGUUUACCGCCGCGCGCAUCAUUUUACAGUUCCUUGACCGGUGAUACUGUAUCCGAGAGCGAUUACGCGCACGCCAAGAAUGUUUGGAAGCGAUUCUCCAUUCGAACGUUGGCUGAUAUUUUUGAAAAUUUCCGCGAUAAAUGCUUAGAAAGUUAUGGUCUCGAUCCCGCACAUUAUUACACUCUCCCCGGAUACACGUGGGAUGCUAUGUUAAAAUACAUCACUUUCGAACUGCUUACUGACAUUGACAUGGUAAUGUUUAUAAAACAUGGUAUACGCGGUGGCCUCAGUCAAUGUUCAAGCAGACAUGCGCGAGCCAAUAACAAGUACAUGCAGACGUACGAUCCAUUGAAACCAUACUCAUAUCUUAUGUACUUUGAUGUCAAUAAUUUGUACGGAUGGGCAAUGUGUCAACCGUUGCCCUAUGGAGAAUUUCAAUGGGUCACAGAUGUCUCAAAUUUUGACGAAUGUGUGAUCGCUCCUGAUUCACCAACAGGAUACAUUCUCGAAGUUGAUCUCAAGUAUCCUCGAGACUUUCAUGAUGAGCACACUGACAUACCUUUCUGCCCGACACGCGAUAAAUUACCAGGCAAGCGUGAAUAUAAACUUUUAGCGACCUUGUAUGAUAAGAAACGUUACGUCAUCCACUACCGCAACCUGCAGCAGUGCACGCGUCACGGUCUUCGUAUCGUGAAGAUACACUGUAUAUUACAAUUCGCACAAUCUCCAUGGCUCUGUAAAUACAUAGAGUUAAAUACACAAUUCCGAACCCUCGCUAAAAAUGAUUUCGAAAAACAUUUGUAUAAAUUAAUGAAUAAUGCGGUGUUUGGUAAAACCAUGGAGAAUGUACGCAAUCAUGUUGACGUUAAAUUGUUGACGAAAUGGGCGGGGCGGUAUGGAGCGGAGACAAUGAUCGCAAAACCAAAUUUUCAUAGUCGAAGUAUUUUUGCGGAAAAUUUAAUCGCUGUUGAACUUAAAAAACUCGAGAUAAAAUUAUAUAAGCCGAUUUACGUAGUCAUGUACACCGACACCGACAGUCUCGUAUAUCUUGUCGAGUGUGAGGAUAUUUACGAGACGAUGAAACGCGAUAUCGCUAGAUUUGACACGAGCGAUUAUCCGAUCGACAACACAUACGGUAUGCCUCUCGAGAAUAAAAUAGUUCCGGGUCUAAUGAAAGAUGAGAACAAUAGUAUGAUAAUGACCGAGUUUGUUGGACUUAGAGCAAAGAUGUAUGCGUUGAAGGUGGAUGGAAAGAAGGAUACGAAAAAGGCGAAAGGUGUCAAAAAUAGUGUAGUAGCGCAAACCAUAACGUUCGAUGAUUACACCCAGUGUUUGAGAGAUGAGAUCGAGAUGACGCGCCGCCAAUCAUGCAUAAGAUCCAAGAUGCAUGAAGUAUGUACGGUGUCCGAAACGAAAAUUGCUUUGAGUCCAUAUGACGAUAAGAGAUACCUUAUACCCGAUUCAGUUGAAACGUUACCGUGGGGGCAUUAUCGAAUACCGCUUUAA